CCGGCUGCAGUCCCAGAAGGGAGCUGCUGUCUGCGGAGGAAACUGCAUCGACGGACGGCCGCCCAGCUACGGGAGGACCUGGGGUGGCACUGGGCGCCCGACGGACCAUCCCCGGGACCCGCCUGCCCCUCGGCGCCCCGCCCCGCCGGGCCGCUCCCCGUCGGGUUCCCCAGCCACAGCCUUACCUACGGGCUCCUGACUCCGCAAGGCUUCCAGAAGAUGCUCGAACCACCGGCCGGGGCCUCGGGGCAGCAGUGAGGGAGGCGUCCAGCCCCCCACUCAGCUCUUCUCCUCCUGUGCCAGGGGCUCCCCGGGGGAUGAGCAUGGUGGUUUUCCCUCGGAGCCCCCUGGCUCGGGACGUCUGAGAAGAUGCCGGUCAUGAGGCUGUUCCCUUGCUUCCUGCAGCUCCUGGCCGGGCUGGCGCUGCCUGCUGUGCCCCCCCAGCAGUGGGCCUUGUCUGCUGGGAACGGCUCGUCAGAGGUGGAAGUGGUGCCCUUCCAGGAAGUGUGGGGCCGCAGCUACUGCCGGGCGCUGGAGAGGCUGGUGGACAUCGUGACCGAGUACCCCAGCGAGGUGGAGCACAUGUUCAGCCCAUCCUGUGUGUCCCUGCUGCGCUGCACUGGCUGCUGCGGCGAUGAGAACCUGCACUGUGUGCCGGUGGAGACGGCCAAUGUCACCAUGCAGCUCCUAAAGAUCCGUUCUGGGGACCGGCCCUCCUACGUGGAGCUGACGUUCUCUCAGCACGUUCGCUGCGAAUGCCGGAGCGGGCAAACCGGGCUGAGAAGCAGCAAGAAGGACAAGCUCGGGUAGGAGAAAAGGGGCAGAAGAAGAGUGACACUGUGGCUUCCUUGAUGUUGCAGCACCCCGCUACGGCCCCUCCCAAUCCACAGAGCCUCUGACCAGCACAAGUCUUGCUGCCUGUGCUGGGGGCACUUGGAACAUUGGUUAGCAGGAGCAACAGGCCUGGCACUGCCAACCAGGUUCAGGGAAGAGAGAAAUGGGCUGAGCUGAUGCUCCUGGUACUACUGGGCCAUGGAUGAAGGCACCAGACUAGAAGUCCAGAGCCCUAGCCAGGGGUGGGAGGAGGGAAGACUACCACUUAUUGUGUACCUAUCCUGUGCAUAGCCCCGCAGGAGGCACUUGAAUGUUUCUCAUUUAGUCACAUACAUUUAUUGAGCACCUACCACAUGCCAGGCAUUGUCCUGAUGGGAUGCAGUGGUGAGCAAGGUUCCUGCUCUCAUAACAACCCUGGGAGGUAGGCCCUAUUGUCAUCCCCAUUUUACAGAUGAGAAAAUCAAGGCUCAAUACAGUUUCAUGAUUUAUCACAGCUAGUGAGUAUGGGAGGAGGGAUUCUGAGCCCUGACCUAACUCGUAAGCCUUCGUUUUUCAGGCUACCUUUUAUGGCCAUGACCACUUUUCUAAUAGCCCCCAGGCUUAGCCUUGCCUCCUGGGCAGGGCUAUGGCUGCCCCUUUUGUUGGAGUGUUGGAGACCCUGCCUCAACUUGUUUCCACCCAUCCCUCCAAGCCAGAGCUUAGCCAUAUAACAAGAGCUCGGUAAUGAACCCUCCUGGGUGCAAUGCUGGGUGGUGACCCAGAGUCACCUUCUCCAUCCCCUUUGCCCUGACAGCCACUCUUUUGGGGCAGGCAGAUGAAGAGACUGAGGUUCCAAGAGUGUCUGUCACUUGCCCAAUAUGGAGAGGUACAACCAGACAGUCCCAAGAGGCCCUGGUACCUUGCCCUGGCUCCCAAGGGAGGAACCAGCUGAGGGUGGCAUGUCCUGGCCCCAAAGCUGACUGCUACCAUGCUGGCCCAUGUCUCUACCCACUGUUCCCAGUGAAGACUGAGGCCCUGUCCCCUGCCAGGGGACAGGCAACAGGGGACAGGCAACAGGGACACCUUCUUGCUUCUGGGCCAACAGCCACAGCCUCUGCCCUGGGAGGCAGAGCCCAGACAUGCCUGGUGACUUCAGGGCUGAUGCUCCCUCCCUUCCUCCCACCCCGUCGCUCACUCCCCAUGUUGUUCCGGAUGGAGUGGGGCUGUGCCCUGACAGGCAGCCAGUCCGCUGUCUGGCCAUCAUCUCCCGUCCCUGAGGAAAUUCCCAGAAUGCACCCUGGAAGGAACGGAAAAAAGCAGCAAAGAAAGUGAGAAAGAAAAAGCAACAGAGAACAGACAGAAAUGACCAAAUUUGAUGCCAAGAGGCUGAGAAGUGCAGAAGCGGGUGGCAGGGGUCCCCAGGAGGUUGAUUUGUCCCUCUCGUGGUGGGGUCACCAGAGCCUGGAGUGGGAGUGAAGCCUUGAGGCUCUGGCCACCUCUCCCUUGCCAACUCCAUGCUACCCCCUAGUGGCCUCAGUGUCAGCUGCAGGACCAGGACUGGGGAUGUCGGAGGGGACCUGUCCGGGCGGCAGGGAGCCCCACUUAUUGCUUUCCUAACGUUCCUCUGCCCCUCUCUCUGUCUGUUU